AUGCUGGCAGGAGACCUGACCCCGCCCCACAUUUCACAACCCCCGGAAAACCGCUUCCAGCUCUCCUUGGCCCCCCCGUUUCAAGUUUUCACAACCAUCCAUCUGUCAACCCACGCCGCAAACCGUGUCCGGGUCGGCAGUGAUAAGACGGAUGCUACCUUCAAGACCGAUUCUCACAGUGUCCUUGACGAAUCGGUCACCUCCUCGGUUCGCCACUUCAACUUCGAAUACAGCAGACGGUAUCACAGAUACAAAGAGGGAUACUAUGUUUUCCCAAACGAUGAGUCGGAACAAGAUAGAGAGGAUAUGAAGUAUGUGAAGAUUAUGAAUCUUUGUGGUGGGAAACUACAUUUUACGCCUAUUAGGCUACAUUUUCGAAAUAUUAUCGAUCUUGGGACGGGGACGGGGGUUUGGUGUAAGGAUAUGGGUGACGAAUACCCUUCAGCACAAAGGAAUUUCUAUGAUUUUGUUCACGGCUGCCACAUAACUCCAGCUUUGAAGAACUUCCCUCUGUUGAUUGAGAGAGCUUUCAAGCAUAUAAAACCAGGGGGGUGGAUAGAAUUUCAAGAAAUGCAUUACUGGCCACACUGCGACGAUGAUACAAUGACGCCCUCCUACCUCUUCCUAAACUACCAAGAAGUUGUCAUCGAAGGCCUCGAUGCUCUAGCCGUCAAUCUCGAGAAAUACGUCUUCACAAAUGUCCGGCACGAAAUUUUGAAAGUCCCUUUAGGUAAAUAUCCCAAGUACAGGACGCUAAAGUUAAUCGGGUUGUAUUUAAGGAUGUCCGUUUUACUGGGCCUAGAUGGGAUGAGUUUUAGGCCGCUUUGCAGAGGUUUGGGUUGGAGUAAAGAGCAGGUAAAGGUGUACUUGGUAGAUAUUAGGAAAUCCAUCAUGGACUCCUCGGUCCAGAUUAUUUCCCAUACCAUAUCACCCAUGGGCAAAAGCCGUUGGAAAGUCAGGAAGGAUGAAAACUCUGCAAGAGAGUAUCCAUAAAACUGGGUUAGAUAUGACUUAGGGGUCGGCGUUCGAAGAAGUAAGUGGACCUUUACGCCCUCAAAAAGGGAACAUAGGUUUACCUUGGGCACAAAGAGUCUAGACUCUACUCUACUAAGCUUCAGCCCUAUUGUAAGCACUUUAAUAAUCAGUAGCAAAUGCAACCUGAC